GCAAACACCAACAGGAAAUGAGGCAACCACAUUUUCAUAGAUAAUAUAGAGUGGCAUACCAAAUGAAAAUGGCAUACAUACAAUAUUUCUUAUAUCGAGUGGCAUACGGACUGCAAACAAUCUUUACAUUUCUAUUCCUGGGCGUUUCUUUCGUCAAGGCGAUAUGUAAAAGCGAUCCAAAUCUUCUAUGUUGUUCUGACAGUGUAUGGGAUUACCGAAUAGGCAACUGCAUAGAUUGUAGUGAUGGAUAUUCAGGAAUUAAUUGCUCCGACUUCUGUCGAUUCCCAAGUUAUGGAAAGGGUUGUCAAUCGUUAUGUGCUUGUUCUGCAGAGUUCUGCAAUCCUUCUACGGGUUGCACGAUUCAAACUUCUUUUGUUGUUGCUCUUACGAGUUAUGAAACCACACCUGGUCAAGGGAAGGUUACAACUUUAUCUACAACUCUGGCAACUGCAGCAUCCUCAAACAAAGACACAGAAUCUCAUUUUUCCAACCGAAUUUCCUCUACGCAGACUAAUUCGAAAACAACUUAUCAAAGUCAUAUUCCGGAAUCGGAACAAAAUAUCUCUCUUGAUGACAGAGGCAAUGUAAAUGUCUUGCUUCUUUCAGGCAUAUUUGGUUUUUGUGGAAUCUUUGUCAUUCUGUUCUCAGUGUUGGUUAUAAUACAAGUCAAGUACAAAUGCUGCAAAAUCGGACAGGACAUUACUAUAUCAGAUGGAAACCAACUAAGUUCAGUUCAAAUCAAAGGAAUUUAUACGAAAUACAACGAAGAGACAGAGGACGCGGUGAUGAUAUCCCAUUACCAACAGCCAACAAACGCUUCUUCUGACUUAGAAUCGCCCCCACAGGACCUACAGUACAUAGAUUUGGAACGUUACCAAAACGAAGGAUUACUUGAUUCAGCAGCAGUCCCACAGCGACCCGCGCCAUGUGUUAGCGCCAAAACAAAGUCACAUUUAACAGGAAACGAAGGAUACAAGUUUCCUGAAUACAUUGAAGUAAUCGACUUUUCGGAAGAUCAUGGGGACAAACAGUGUUUCACUUCAUGUGAGACUGGCGAAAUUGUUCAAAGCGUUUAUAACGAAGAAGCCGAAGUUUAUUUGACUGUUAUGAGUUAAGUGAUAGGGACAAACAUUGCUUUGCUUCAUGUGAAUGACGGUUUUCAGUUUUAAUCAAUUUCAAAUGUAACAAGAAUCUGCGUCAAAGAUUGAUUCUUUUACCAGAAAUGUAACGAUAUUCUUUUUACAAUAAAAAUGCAUUUUAAUGGUAAAAGAA